AGUCGCUUAGAAGGCGGGGCUUAAGAGUAGCGGUUGGGCCUCCGCCUGUCGGCGCCAAGCGGAUUGUUUGCUGUCAACAUGGAGUUCUUACUCGGAAAUCCUUACAGCACUCCAGUGGGCCAAUGCAUAGAGAGAGCCACUGAAGGUGGCCUCCAGAAUGAAGACUGGGCCCUCAAUAUGGAGAUCUGUGACAUCAUAAACGAGACGGAUGAGGGGCCAAAAGACGCCAUGCGAGCGCUGAGGAAACGACUCGGCGGCAACAAGAAUUACCGAGAAGUCUUGCUGGCGCUGACGGUCGUGGAGACGUGCGUGAAGAACUGCGGCCACAGGUUUCACCUGCAGGUGGCCAGCCGAGAUUUCAUCGAUGGCGUUUUGGUGAAAAUCAUCUCGCCGAAGGCCAAUCCUCCGACCAUCGUGCAAGACAAAGUGUUGUCGCUGAUACAGGCCUGGGCUGACGCUUUCCGGAGUAGUCCUGAUCUUACCGGGGUGGUCCACAUUUAUGAAGAACUGAAGCGGAAGGGCACGGAGUUCCCCAUGGCCGAUUUGGACGCACUGUCGCCCAUCCACACGCCGCAGCGGGGCACGCCGGAGGUGGACCCGGCCAUCAUCAAGUACCUGGCACCUGCAAGCACCGCCACCGACUUAGCCGCCAGGCAAGGGUCUCCACACGACCCCAUCACGGCAACCCCCCAACAGGUGGCGCGCUUACGUAGCGAGUUGGACAUGGUGAGAGGCAACAUCAAAGUCUUGUCGGAGAUGCUCACGGAGAUGGUCCCUGGCCAGGAAGAUGGACCCGAUCUAGAACUGCUCCAGGAGCUGCACAGGACAUGCAGAGCCAUGCAGCAAAGAGUCGUUGAACUCAUCUCACGCGUGUCCAACGAGGAAGUGACCGAGGAGCUGCUGCACGUCAACGACGACCUCAACAACAUCUUCAUCCGAUACGAGAGGUAUGAGCGCUGCAGGUCGGGGAGGGGCGCUAACAACAAAGGGAUUUUGGGUGAGGAGACAGAUGACAACCUGAUCGACUUGGGUCCCGGCUCUCCGGCUGUGGUGACCCCCCGAGCGGCGUCCAGCCCGCCUCCCCGCGGCACAACAGGGGCCGCUGCCUCACCGGUCCAGAACCCCGCUGUGGGCUCACUGUCUUCCGCGCUGGCCGGCCUCGAUGUCAGUCCUGCAAGUCCACCAAGCCGAAACCGGGACGACUUUGACAUGUUUGCCCAGACUCGCAGCAGCUCGCUGGCUGAGCAGCGCAAAAAUGUCAAGUACGAAGACCCCCGGGCUGUGGGUGGUCUGGCCUCGGCUCUGGAUGUUAGACAGCACAACGCGGGAGGGCUGAGGGUAGAAGGGUACGCUGGUACCCCAGCAGAUCAGGAGCUGCCCAUAGACAGCUGGCUUAUUACCCAAGGAAUGAUCCCUGUAUCGCAGUCCUCUGUCAUGGAUGACAUAGAGGAGUGGCUCAGUGCUGACGUGAAAGGCGAUCCUCUGGAUGAAGGCGUAACCAGUGAAGAGUUUGAUAAGUUCCUGGAGGAGCGAGCAAAGGCAUCAGACACGUCUCCCUCCGGGGAUAACCCCGCUCACCCUGCCCUCCCCGCUCCCGUCGCCUCGCACAAGAAAGCAGAACGCACGGAGGACGCCCUCUUUGCCUUGUAGACUCGCAUCCGAGUGUCUCGGUGGCUCCCUCGGCGCCGUCUGAAGGUCGGCGCUUGGAACAAUUCCCUUGAACGCGGUCCUCCGGUAACAUUUCAUCGUCUUGCCACUUGUUACAGCAUUGCUGGAACUUGCACAGGCGGGCAGGUCGUGUCAUAGCAUCGCUGGAUGUAUUUGAUCGCCAAUGUGGGAUGCGUUGACGCUUUCGUCAUUUCAAGCUGCGUUUAAGUGGAGGGAAUAAUCCCGCUCACAAAUCUUCAUUAAGCCGCUACAUAACUAACGCAAGUGUUGGUGUCCAAGUAUUGUAAUGCUUUAAAGGAGUUGGACAGGAGAGCAAAGAAAAGAUUCAUGUGCAGUAGCUUGCUUCUGCAGCUGUGUGUGAAAACGAGAAGAUGAAUAAGCGCAUUCUCUCAUUUUAACAAGCUGUGUCUGUCAGCAGCCGUUUAACCAAAGGGAAGAAAAACAACCCAAAUAGUGUACAAAGGUUUCCUGUUUUAGGAAUGUUUCCAUAAAAGCCAAGUGUAUGAUUUCAACUAAUCUUGCGUCGCAACAAGCAGCAGAAGUUUGGAUGUUAUGGAAAUCUAAAUGGAAGGAUACUACUACAUUAUACGCACGUGGAGAUCGAGCUAUAUUUAAUCUCUGGAAUUAUUCCAAAGUGACAAUUUUGUCCCACCCCGGCAGUAAUUAGGCCAACUUUAAUUAUACUCCCUAAAAAAUAGUAAACUUGCAGCGUAUUAACGUACACGUUGUAGCAAAACAAAACAAUCUGUGGUUUUUUUUUUUUUUUUUUUUUAGGGAAAAGGGAACAUUGUUUUGAACUACUUCAUUUUGCACAUAACUUUAAAAAAAAAAAAAAACUAUUCGCAAGAAUACAAAUGGGUUGAAAUGAGGUGUUGAAACUGCUGGGACUGCACCAAACUAUUGGAUUCGAUUACCUACUGGACAAUUACUACAAACAAAUGGCAUUAUUAAGGAUAUAUCGUUGGCUAUAUUGUGUAAUAUACCUCAAACAAACAAAAAGUCAAUGUAAUGAUUUUUAAUCGUACUAUGCAAAGGGAAGCGCGUUAUUUCUUGCCCUGGCAGUGUAGAUAUGUUUGAACAGUUUUAAGAACCUUUUUGUUGUUUACCAUUCAUUAUUUUUAAUGUCAGUAUAAUUGCUAUUUUUUCCACAUCAGACUGUAAUAUGUCUUAUAUAAUAUUGGGUUGAUGGUAGGGCUCGGGAGCCAAGAGCCCAAAAAUCCAUCCUAUCUUAAACUCCAGCACUUUUAACCUCUUGGUUUGUACUAAUUUGCUUUGCAUGUCUAAUUUAUAUAUUUUUGUUUUUGUUUGGUUUUCACUUUAAGAGUAAGACCAAAACCCGUGUAAAUCGUGCAGUAUUGUUGUCAGAAUAUUGUACUGAAUUUGUUACCCAUCUAAAAAUGCAUUGAAAAAUAUAUUUGCCUACAUAAUCUGCAUAACUGCCGAGGAUUAGGCAGAACUAAAUUGGCGGAAGAGAUUUAACAGGCAAUCAUUGCACAAACCAAUGUGGCCUAACGUCGCUGAAUGUCGUGUUUAUGGAUUCCAGAACCUUUUGAAAAGGUUUCAUGAAGCUUACACGAUAAUUGCAGCAUGGACUCUUCCAAAUUCCGGUUUUGUUAUUAACAUGCUAGUGUACACGUUUAGCAUCAGUGGAUGUUCCGUGUCUGUUUGGGCUCUACCAUCUGCCGUCAUCCUGACUGGUGUGUCUCUGUGUGACUUAAUGCACGUAUGUAACUGCCCAAUAAAACACUUGAGACUGCUACCUCA